CUACUCCCGGACGUCUAGUUGAUCAUUUGAAGCAAUCGCCAAAUUUUUCUGCUCAUCAACUGUCAACAAUUCGUCAUUUUGUUCUAGACGAAGCCGAUCGUAUGCUGAAUAUGUCUUUCGCUGAAGAUAUUGAUAAAAUAUUAAAUUUAUACGAGAAACCUAAAUCACAGAGUAAAAAACGUAAAAAGAAAUCAAAAACAUUAUUGGAGAAGAUAUCUGAAUCUAAUGAACAACAUAAUG